AUGGCUAAAUGGGGAGAAGGUGAUCCAAGGUGGAUAGUGGAAGAUAGGCCUGAUGCCACAAAUGUCAACAACUGGCACUGGACCGAGAAAAACGCGGGGCCCUGGUCACAAGACCGUAUCAAAGAGCUUUUCAAAGAUGUUGAAGUGAAGGCUGAUAAUGCUGAAAUUAGAAUAUCUGAAGUUGAAAAACUUGUAGGGGAAGCUUCUGCAAAUAACAGAAAAGGGAAAUUGAUAUUUUUCUAUGAGUGGGAUAUUGUUUUGAAGUGGAAUGGCAAGUUGAAAGAUGGAACAGAUAGAUCCUUUUCUGGGAAAAUAAAAAUUCCAAACUUGUCAGAAGAAAAUGAUGUUUCUGAAUUAGAUAUCCAAAUUUCUGUAAAAGAUGAAGAUGAAGAGGGUCUACAACUCAAAAAAAUAAUGUUCUCUUCAGGCAAAGACCUAGUACGUUCCCAGCUGUCAAAAUACAUCUCUAGCCUCAAAGAGGAAUUCUCCAAAGGCAUGAUUCUUCCCAAAAAAGAUGAGGUCAAACCUGACAGUGUAAAAACUCUAACCAGUGGCUUCAACAGAAAAAUCAAUAUGGAACCCAUUGUCUCUCAUGAUGUCAAACAAACAGGGCUGAAGCUUGACACUAGCACAAUAAAACAAACCCACAAAUUUCAGUGUACUGCUCAGGAGUUUUAUGAUGCUCUUACUAGGAUUGAAAUGGUGACAGCUUUCACACGUAGUCAUGUGAAGUUGGACCCUGUAAAAGGGGGUGUGUUUGAACUAUUUGGGGGCAAUAUUAUAGGAAAGUUUGAAGAGUUGGUACCUGCCAAGAAAAUAGUCAAACAGUGGAGGUACAAGCAGUGGCCCCAAGGACAUUAUUCCAAUGUUACUAUAUCUAUUGAUCAAAAGAGUGACCACACUGAAGUUUCACUGGUACAAACUGGAGUACCAUCUGGAGAGACAGAUGUUACUAAAAACAAUUGGCAAAGAUAUUAUUGGGAUGCUAUGAAACAAGCUUUUGGGUUUGGAGCAUUCUUUCCAUAG